UCUCAGCCGGGGGAGGGGGGGUGCCGGUGUCCGUGCCCUCCCUGCCCCACCGCACCUGGGGCCUGGCGCUCCCCCGCCGCUGGAGAGAGGUGUCCGAGGCGGCGGAGAGCGUGUCCCGGCCCCGCCAGAGAGGACGCAGCCAUGGUGCCGCAUCCCCUCCCGGAGCCCGUGCGAGGCUGAAGCCCAUCUCCGGCGAAGAACGGCGGCGGAAGGCCCUUCCCUUCCACGGUGACUGCCCCCGGGGCAGCCUCCCCGCGGCCCCCCGGCAUGGAGACGGGCGGGCUGGAGUGGCUGCUGGUCCCCAUGCAGCAGCUGGUGUCGUGGGGUGCGGCGGGGGCCAUGGUGUUCGGCGGGGUGGUGCCCUACAUCCCCCAGUACAGGGACAUCCGCCGGACGCAGAACGCAGAGGGCUUCUCCACCUACGUCUGCCUGGUGUUACUGGUCGCCAACAUCUUGAGGAUACUUUUUUGGUUUGGAAGGCGUUUUGAAUCCCCUCUUUUGUGGCAAAGCAUUAUCAUGAUCAUGACUAUGUUACUGAUGCUGAAACUGUGCACUGAAGUACGGGUGUCCAACGAGCUAAACAUAAAACGACGCUCUUUCGCAGCUGCAGAUAGUAAGGAUGAAGAAAUCAAAGCACCUCCCAAGAGAUCCUAUCUGGAUUUUGACUUGAACUAUUUUUGGCAUUGGAGCAAGUUUACAGACUACGUGCAGUGUGUCCUGACCUUCACUUGUGUGACCGGUUACAUCACUUACCUCUGGCUUGACUCAUCUCUCUUUGUGGAGACACUGGGCUUCCUGGCGGUGUUCACCGAGGCCAUGCUAGGUGUCCCUCAGCUCUACAGAAACUACCAGAACAGGUCCACAGAAGGAAUGAGUGUCAAGAUGGUGCUGAUGUGGACCAGCGGGGACACCUUCAAGACCGUUUACUUCAUCUUGAACCAGGCCCCCUUCCAGUUCUCCAUCUGCGGGCUCCUGCAGGUUUUCGUGGACAUGGCCAUCCUGUUGCAGGUUUAUUUGUACAGCUCCUACCCUCAGAAGCCCGUGUCCCACACCGCCCACCCGGCCAGCACCAAGGCCCUCUGAGGGACUGGGCUGGAGAGGCUGCAGGUCGGCGGGGUCAGCCAUGGGCAGCUCUUCUCCUGCUCAGAAAUACUCCUGCGUUACCGAGUCGAAAGCAGAAAGGAGAACCAAGGAUUGAAAAUCUGGCUGCUCUUCCAGCUCGGGAGGUUUUAUUUUUAAAUUACUCGCUCUCUCUGUUUUGAGACUGAGCUGUACAGAACUUGGUGGGGGGGUGGGGAGGGGGCACUUUAUUUUUGCAUAUGUACCUAUGAGCCUUAUUGAUUCACAAACGUUUGUAUAUUUAAUCACAAGGGCUGGAUGGUUUGUGUUUUUAAUGCUAUUUAAAAACGUUACACCCCAGAAACGAUAGGAUAUUUUGUCUGAAACUUUUAACCUAUUUAUAUAAUAUAUAUAAAGUCUGUAUAUUGGCAGGAAGUUUGCGGCAUAUGCCGGCAUUCGGUACCUCCACCGCGCAGGAAGAAGUAUUGGAAGAGAAGAUGCAGGAGCUUGCUUUUUUCCUUUCUGAAGGGUCUCUGGUGAGCAGAGAAGGUGAGGGCAGGAGGUCCUGCAGGGAGGAGAGCAGCCAGAAAGGAACUGGUCACACAUCAACGUGAAGCAUCGAUGUGGUAAAGAGGGAACGGCCGGUGCUCACCCCAGCCAUGAGGUCCGUGUGGCAGGUGGAUGCACCAAGAGGAUGAUGAAGAGGGGACAGAGUAUGGACGAUGCUGGAGCCAUGUUCAGAGCAGGCACAGCCAGCCAAGCGGGUCAGCCAGAAGGAGGAGCAAACAGGCAGGUAAUUUCCUGCUGAGCUUUGUAGUUUCAAAGCUGUGCUUUGAAAGGAUGGGGUUUGAGAACAGCCCGCCCUGCGCUCGGGGGGCAGCACCGCUCCUGCUCCUCUGCACAGGACAGAGCUGGGCUGUGGGACAUCUUUCCCAAACCAAAGGGGGCAACAGAUGUGUGCUGGCAGUAUUGCCAGGCAAGUAUUUCCAGAUGGUGAUGGAGCCACAACCAUAGAAGCGACUCCACUUCCAUUGCCUCAGAAGGAGGAGCAGAAAAAUUUGAGACAGAGAACAAGCCAUAUCCUAUGGAGUGGGAUGUGACAGCUUGGUUUGUUGAGGCUGAGCUCCAGGUUCGUGUUGUUUAAUGCCAAACAAAACCCAGUUUAUGCUUUGGGGUGCUGCUUGCUUUCACCCGGCGAGGAAGGAGCCCGCGUUUUCCUUUUUCUGUCGCUUAAGAUCUUCUAGGUCCUUAGAAGAAUCAGCAGCCUGUACUUAGAGGGACUGAGAAAGCUGAAAGAGCAGAGGGUUUAUUGUUUAUUUAUAAAUGUAGACGUUGUCUAUGAUGGCUGUUUGCCCGCGUGGGUCACCAUACCCUUUCUGAGAACUGCCUGUGUCCAGCAGCUGCAGGUGGUGGUGUGGACCCACGGGGGGCUGCGACCGAGCCCCUGGGCUUCUGCCAGUCACCCUCAUGAAACUGCCCUGGCUGGUGUGAGGCAACCACAGCAAGAGGCUUAGUCCCAGGAACAGCUCUGCCUGCGCCGCUGUCUUCUUCAUCAGGCUCCCUCCCUGCUGCUGGCUGAAUCCCACCCUGACCACAGGCACCGUGUUAGAGCUGGGACAGAUUUUUUAAGAAUCAUUUUUUUUCUCCAAGAGCUUGUGUUUUCUUACCGAUGGCAGCAAGUCUGAGGUUUAAGAAUAACUUGGUAAACUGGUGGGUAAAUCAGAUACUUCCCCCAUCCCUGUUCUACUUGGGAAUCUCAUGACUUGAGUCCUGGACUGUCUUCACUGGUGGCAACCCGUCCUCUGGAGGGGAAGCAGCAGGAGGCUGGAGCAGUGGUGGUGUGACUCUUGGUUGGAAUGUCCAUCAUAAGCCCGGGGAGAGCGGGCUGUCCCCGUGCUGCUUUACAGACCUGACCCCUCUCACUCCCCAGGUGGCCCCAGGCUGAUGUUGGGGCUCCCACUGCACGUGCCCUUUGGUUUGGGAGCAGACACGGUGGUGGCAGAGGGCUGAGGGCCAAACUUGUGGGUAGAAGUCCUGCCCUGGGUUCAAGCCAUCCUGCCCUUCGGCAGGAGCACUUCCAGAGGUGGAAGGAAGGUCCUCAAGAAGUCCCUCCAUGCCCUUCGUUCCAUACCAUACUCUUACAGGCCUGAAGUGACCUUACAAAGACGAUGUACCCGGCAUGGCAGACGAUGAAUGUUUUGUUCUUCUCUUUUCUCCGGUGUCCUGGUUGCGUUACAGGAACAUCUGGGCUUUGGUCUUUUUUUUAAUUGAAAACUUACUUAACAACUGGCUUCUCCGGUAUGCUGCUUUAAUGAGGAUUGUAUUUCUACUGUACGCAAACAAACACUUUCUUGUGUGUUUUAAUGGUCUGAAGAUUUUUUUUUUAAAUACCUUGUAAUGAUAAGAUUUUUGUAUAUGGUGGUCUUUUUCUAAUAUUCUACGAAACGGGGAUUUAAGAAAUAAAUGGCUCUUAAGAAAUAUACUUCUGUAUGUUACAGUUUCACCUGGGAGUGCACACUUUUGGCCACCUCUUUGGCUUUGAACUGCAGGUAUUACCGAGGGUAAAACAACUGUUGUGGUAUUUUUUUUUUCCUUUUGGGACUCUUCCCUGGGCAGAUUCUCGAGUCUGCUGUCAGUACCCAAACCAGCCAGCUCUGCAGACCAGUCUCAGUCACACCAGAGCUGCAAACGCUGGGAGAGAAGCCAGUGAAACCAUGUCUGAAGUUACCUUCUGUGCGUGGCAUUGAGCAAGGUAGGACUCUUGGCCAGGAACUCUUCAACUUCCAUCUUGCAAGAUGCUUUAGAGACAAAAUGUUACAGAACUUUGGUUUUUUUCUUCUUUAAUUGUCAGGAUGUAUCUGUAUCAAUGAUCACCUCAGAGAAUAAGAAAUCAAUUCCUUCAAAUCCAUCUCUGAAUGUAUGGCACAUUUCAUGGAGUUUAUUUUCUCUGUCAGUUGCAAUGUUUUUGUUUUUGUUUUUUUAAAUAAAAAUUGCCUAUUAUCUAUAA